AUGUCAUCCACAACGCGGCCCUCGCAAAUCAUCUUCUUCUCCCAUCCGCGAGCGGCAUGUCAUCUUCUGGAACGCAUGCUGUCGAAACAGCCUGGAGUGCAGGUUCUGUGGCAUCCGUAUGCUAUUACGAGACCGGCGCAGAUUCCGCUGUUUACGGAAGAGUCGAUCGCGGCUGGGAUUCCUGAGGAGUCGAGAAAGCCGUAUUUGGAGGCUGUGGAGCAGGGGAAUGAGGCGUGGGAGAAGGCUUUGAGCGGGGCGAAGGCUAAGGACGAUACACUCUUCAUGCACGAACAUCCUCAUUUCGCCAUCGACGUGGACCGAGGCCUCGACUACGUAACCAAAGAAUGGAACACCGAGAAGCCCACAGACAACUACGCCCGCAACUUCACUCUCUUCCCCGAAAGCGUUCUCCUCGCACCAGGCACGACCGUCCUCCUGAACAUCCGACAUCCAGCCCUCAGCGGCCCUGGUGCCUUCAAAGGCAUGAGGACCCUCGAACACUCCUGGAGCGAGCCCGGCUUCCUCAUGGCGCGACAUCUCGGCUGGCAGAGGGAGAUGUACGAUUGGUACGUUUCGAAAGGCAUAACGCCGAUUGUGGUCGAUGCCGAAGAUUACAUGUCUUCGCAGGAGUUUGUGCGGCAUUUGGCUGCUAAGCUUGGGCUGAGUCCGGAGCAUUGUGUGUUUAAGUGGGAGAAGGUUAGCCAAGAGGAGAGGGCGAAGAUGCAUCCGAUGUAUGUGCGGUUGCAGCAGACGUUGUUGGACUCGGAGGGGAUGGUGGAGAGUAAGGUUCGAAGAAAUGUCAAUGUGGAUGAGGAGGAGAAGAAGUGGCGGGCGGAAUGGGGAGAUGAUGCAGCAAGGUUGUUGAAGGAGACGACGGAGGCGUCAUUGCCGCAUUAUGAGUACCUGAUGGAGAGAAGAUUGAGGUUAUGA